CCCACAGAGAGUGAGAGAGUGAGAGAGAGAGAGAGCAGUCGAACAGAGACAGAGGCCACUGCCCCAUUGCAACUGGCAGUGCCCUGAUCACUCGGACGCCAACCUGCCUGCCGGGGGGGAAUAACGGGGUGACCAAAAGCAACCCACAAGUGCUGCAGCCAAGUCUACUUCAGCAGGGAGAAGAGAGGUGGCCGUCAGAGUCCCACAAUGCACCCGGGGGUGCUGCUGACCUGGGUCGUCGCCAGUUUUGCUUGGACUUCAGCGGUGCAUCACUAUCACAGACCAGCCGCCCCCAAGAAGCUGCGCUACCUGCUGGAGCCGCCGGUGUACGCGGAGGUGAGCGCCCGGCGCGGGGCGAACGCCACCCUGCCGUGUCUGCUGCGCGCCCGGCCCGCCCACUACAAGGUCAAGUGGACCAAACUGCAGCCGCACCGCCCGGGCGUGGAGGACAUCAUCCUCAUCACCAACGGGCACGAGCAGCGCGGGUACGGCUCCCUCGGGCCCCGGGCCUUCCUGCGCCGCGCCCACACGCUCGACGCCUCCCUGCGCAUCACCCGCCUCGGCCUGGAGGACGACGGCAGGUACCGCUGCGAGCUGGUCAACGGACUGGAGGACGAGAGCGUCACCCUCACCUUGAGGAUAGAAGGACUGGUGUUUCCCUACCAGAGUCAGGAAGGCCGCUACAGGUUCGUCCUCCGGGAGGCCAGAGAGGCCUGUGAGCGACAGGAUGCCAGACUGGCCACCUACCCACAGCUCUACAGAGCCUGGACAGAGGGGCUGGACUGGUGCAACGCGGGCUGGCUGGACGACGGGACCGUCCACUAUCCCAUCAUCCACUCCCGGGAGCCCUGCGGGGGGCGGGCCCUGCUGCCGGGCAUCCGCAGUUACGGCCCCAAGGAGCCCACCCGGGACCGCUUCGACGCCUUCUGCUUCACCUCUCCCGCCCCAGGCCGGGUGUUCUACAUCGAGGGGCGUCUGACCUACGCGGAGGCCGCGGAGGCCUGCGGGGCGCGGGGGGCCGAGAUCGCCCGAGUCGGGCACCUGUACGCGGCCUGGCGCUUCGCAGGGCUGGACCGCUGCGACGGGGGCUGGCUGGAGGACGGCAGCGUCCGCUUCCCCAUCUCCGCCCCGCGGGAGCGCUGCGGGGGGCUCCCAGAGCCCGGCGUCCGCAGUUUUGGCUUCCCUAACAAAACUCUGCGGGAGUACGGGGUGUACUGCUACAGGUAGCGGCGUGGGCCUGGAGGGGAGCCGAGGGGAGGCAGCGGGUCGGGCGGAACCGCCACAGCUCAACAGGGGAAAUGGGAGAAAACUGGGCAGCAGGCAAAGGCUUUUGUCCUGUUCGUAUCGCGCAGGAGAUACUGAUGUCAAGGAAACAGAAAAAGAUCAGAACGUGUCCGUGUGUUGGCUGGAAUCAGAUAGCCUUACAGCAUGCUAAACAUUCUUGCUUUCCCUGCUGCUGUGCCCUCCAGAAGUUCAAGGCCUCUGAUUUGCGUUGCCCGUUUGUAAGGCUUCUUCCUUCCUGCUUCCUGCUUUUACCACGUGUUUUGUGCUCACUCAGCUCGCCUAAACAUGAUCCUCCUUCACCCUCUGUUCAAUCCCACGCAGAGGGUCAAAAAUCCUUAAUUGAAUGAAAAUGUAUUGUGCAAUCACUGUUCAUUGCUCUGCACCGCCUGACUGCUAAAUAAAUAGAAGCCCAUUAAAAGUGAAAAGGGAUAGUUCCUCCUCCAGCUUUGUUCUGAGCUGCUUUUGCGUGGUUUUAUUUUUCCUGUGGUUCUGUGCUGUGUUUGAGGUCGUCAAACACAAUCCAGACCUUCAAAAAGUCUCCCUUUUCUGCUCCAUGGCUCUGAUCCAGGAUUGCCAGAACAACACAAGACACAGCCUCCCAGCCCACCCCUUUAGGUCUCACAAACCAGGAGAGAGUUUGGCAUUAAAAAAAAACAGUAUCCACACUUUUUAUUGAAUAUCGCAUUACAAAAAAAUACUCCUCUGGGUCACUGCUGGGUUCUGUACACGUUCUAAAACUCAUUGUGCCAAAUUCCAAUACAAUGUUAACAAAGUCAAGCUCACAGAAAUCAAACUAGGUAUGAUGGGUGAGAAGCAAGCUGAGGCAGUAAAAAUAAGGAUUGAAGUUUUUUGCAUUUAUAAGAAAAAAGGUUUACUUAUUGCUCCGAAAAUGCUUAGGAGAGAUAGCAGUUGGGAUACUAAAAAGGACACUGCAGGUUCCUUAUACCAGAUGACACCCUGAAGCAUGCAGGACUUGAUUUUUUCUGUCUAGAAGAUCAUGUCAACACCUUAAUCUUUUCACAGCUUCUUCACUUUGAGUCUUUCCUGUCUUAUAUUUCUGGCACAAUCUUCUGCUACCAGCAUGAAGUACAAGUAAGGGUUACUGGUGCAACGGGCCCUCCUGCAUCAGAGAGGAGUCAGAGAGCUUGAGAGGCUUAAUGCAGAGAGAAAACGAUUUCUGCCAUGUUCCCGAGAGAUGUCCAUUAUCAUUUUGAUAGCUGAGCCAAUGCAAGUUAUGAAAAGUGAAAAAAGCAUGCAACAACAGAUUUUCUCAUAUGCUUAAUAUGCUGAGAUCGAAGCUGUGUAACUAAUGACAGAGUUUUGCAGUAGGGACAGCUGCUGAAUUCGUAUUCUCUUGCAGCUCCUUGUACUCCAUACUAGACACACUGCGCAGUUUUUGCAGCCAGUCGUGCUACAUACUGCACAUUGCACAGUGUUCGCAGCCAGCUGCAGGACAUUUAGCCUCCUGCUAGCACUCUGCACUGGCACGCUAUGUAAAAAAAGUCAAAACAGGA